CCCAGCUGACGGGCCGCGUUGUUUACGGGCCGGAGUCGAGCCCUCGCUCCCGCCGCCGCCACCAGCCCAGGUGCCCGCCCGUUCGCGCGUCCCUCUGUUUCAGACUCCACAGAACGCGACCCACCCAGAGCUGCACCGGGCGAAGAAACAGGAGGCCUGGAAAGGGGGCACACGGCGGUGAGCUCUGGACCCUGCGAUUGCAGGCACGGGACCGGGCCUGGGUGACCCGGGGCCGUAGUCUGCGGGCCGCGCCACCUCGUUGGUUGAAGCCGAGGCCUCUGUGCUCUUCCCGGGGCUGUCCCCAGGGCCCUCUCGCCUGGAGAGCUGCGGCCCGCGAGCCACCGGCGUGGAAGAGACGGACGCGUGGCCCCUAGAGCCUCUCCGGCGACCUCCUCGCGGACUAUGUCCCGAGCGGGACGGCGUGGCGUGCUCUGAUCGCCGGGGUCCCUGCGCUCCUACAACCAUGGGCUCCGGGAAACGCCGUGAGACAACGGCCGUGCCAUUGCUGGUGGCCGUAGCCGCGUUGCUGGUGGGCGCAGCCGGCCACCUGUACCCUGGCGAGGUGUGCCCUGGCAUGGACAUCAGGAACAACCUGACCAGGCUGCAUGAGCUGGAGAACUGCUCAGUCAUCGAGGGCCAUCUGCAGAUCCUCUUGAUGUUCAAAACUAGACCCGAAGAUUUCCGAGACCUCAGUUUCCCCAAACUCAUCAUGAUUACAGACUACCUGCUUCUUUUCCGUGUCUAUGGCCUGGAGAGUUUGAAAGACCUCUUCCCCAACCUUACAGUCAUCCGAGGCUCCCGCCUCUUCUUCAACUAUGCCCUGGUCAUCUUUGAGAUGGUCCACUUGAAGGAGCUGGGGCUCUACAACCUCAUGAACAUCACCCGGGGCUCUGUCCGCAUUGAGAAGAAUAAUGAGCUCUGUUACCUGGCCACCAUUGACUGGUCUCGGAUCUUGGAUUCUGUGGAGGACAACUACAUCGUGCUGAAUAAAGAUGACAAUGAGGAGUGUGGGGAUGUCUGUCCAGGCACUGCCAAGGGCAAGACCAACUGCCCUGCCACCGUCAUCAAUGGGCAGUUUGUGGAACGGUGCUGGACACACAGUCAUUGUCAGAAAGUUUGUCCGACCAUCUGUAAGUCACAUGGCUGCACAGCUGAAGGCCUGUGCUGCCACAAGGAGUGCCUAGGCAACUGUUCGGAACCCGAUGACCCCACCAAGUGUGUGGCCUGUCGCAACUUCUACCUGGACGGUCGCUGUGUGGAGACCUGCCCGCCCCCUUACUACCACUUCCAGGAUUGGCGCUGUGUGAACUUCAGCUUCUGCCAAGACCUUCACUACAAAUGCAGAAACUCUAGGAAGCCUGGCUGUCACCAAUACGUCAUUCACAACAACAAGUGCAUCCCGGAGUGUCCUUCUGGCUAUACAAUGAAUUCCAGCAACUUGAUGUGCACCCCAUGUCUGGGACCCUGCCCUAAGGUCUGCCAAAUCCUCGAUGGCGAGAAGACCAUUGACUCUGUGACAUCUGCCCAGGAGCUCCGAGGCUGCACUGUGAUCAAUGGCAGCCUGAUCAUCAACAUUCGAGGAGGCAACAAUCUGGCAGCUGAGCUGGAGGCUAACCUUGGCCUCAUUGAAGAAAUCUCAGGGUUCCUAAAGAUCCGGCGCUCCUAUGCUCUAGUAUCGCUUUCUUUCUUCCGGAAGCUACAUCUGAUUCGAGGAGAGACCUUGGAAAUCGGGAACUACUCUUUCUAUGCCUUGGACAACCAGAACCUCAGGCAGCUCUGGGAUUGGAGCAAGCACAACCUCACCAUCACUCAGGGCAAGCUCUUCUUCCACUACAACCCCAAACUCUGCUUGUCAGAAAUCCAUAAGAUGGAAGAGAUUUCUGGAACUAAGGGCCGCCAGGAGAGGAACGAUAUUGCCCUGAAGACCAAUGGGGACCAGGCAUCCUGUGAAAAUGAGUUACUUAAAUUUUCUUUCAUUCGGACAUCUUUUGACAAGAUCUUGCUGAGGUGGGAGCCCUACUGGCCCCCCGACUUCCGAGACCUCUUGGGAUUCAUGCUUUUCUACAAAGAGGCCCCUUAUCAGAAUGUGACGGAGUUUGAUGGUCAGGAUGCUUGUGGCUCCAACAGCUGGACUGUGGUAGAUAUUGACCCACCCCAGAGGUCCAACGACCCCAAGUCUCAAACCCCAAGCCACCCUGGGUGGCUAAUGCGGGGUCUCAAGCCCUGGACCCAAUAUGCCAUCUUUGUCAAGACCUUGGUUACCUUCUCAGAUGAACGCCGGACCUACGGAGCCAAAAGUGACAUCAUCUAUGUGCAGACAGAUGCCACCAAUCCUUCUGUCCCCCUGGACCCCAUAUCGGUUUCUAAUUCCUCAUCUCAGAUUAUCUUAAAAUGGAAGCCCCCCUCUGACCCGAACGGCAACAUCACACACUACUUGGUCUACUGGGAGAGGCAGGCAGAGGACAGUGAGCUAUUCGAGUUGGAUUAUUGUCUCAAAGGGCUGAAGCUCCCCUCACGGACCUGGUCCCCACCUUUUGAGUCUGAUGAUUCUCAGAAGCACAAUCAGAGUGAGUAUGACGAUUCGGCCAGCGAAUGCUGCUCCUGCCCCAAGACCGACUCUCAGAUCCUGAAGGAGCUGGAGGAGUCUUCGUUCAGGAAGACCUUUGAGGAUUACCUGCAUAAUGUGGUUUUUGUCCCCAGAAAACCCUCUGCAGGCAGUGGUGCCGAGGACACUAGGCCAUCUCGAAAGCGAAGAUCCCUUGAAGAGGUGGGGAAUGUGACAGCCACCAUGCCUACACUUCCAGAUUUUCCUAACACCUCCUCCACCAUUGCACCUACGAGUCAGGAGGAACACAGGCCAUUUGAGAAAGUGGUGAACAAGGAGUCACUUGUCAUCUCUGGCCUGAGACACUUCACUGGCUAUCGCAUUGAGCUGCAGGCAUGCAACCAAGACUCCCCAGAAGAGAGGUGCAGUGUGGCUGCCUACGUCAGUGCCCGAACCAUGCCUGAAGCUAAGGCAGAUGACAUUGUUGGCCCUGUGACCCACGAAAUCUUUGAGAACAAUGUUGUACACUUAAUGUGGCAAGAGCCAAAGGAGCCCAAUGGUCUGAUUGUGCUGUAUGAAGUGAGCUAUCGGCGAUAUGGUGACGAGGAGCUGCACCUCUGUGUCUCCAGGAAGCAUUUUGCCCUGGAGCGGGGCUGCAGGCUGAGAGGGCUCUCCCCAGGGAACUACAGUGUUCGAGUCCGGGCUACCUCCUUGGCAGGCAAUGGCUCCUGGACAGAACCCACCUAUUUUUACGUGACUGAUUAUUUAGAUGUCCCAUCAAAUAUUGCCAAAAUUAUCAUUGGGCCCCUCAUCUUUGUCUUCCUCUUCAGUGUUGUGAUUGGAAGUAUUUAUCUAUUCCUGAGAAAGAGGCAGCCAGAUGGGCCGAUGGGACCACUGUAUGCAUCUUCAAACCCUGAAUACCUCAGUGCCAGUGAUGUGUUUCCUUCUUCUGUGUACGUGCCGGAUGAGUGGGAGGUGCCUCGAGAGAAGAUCACCCUUCUACGAGAGCUGGGGCAGGGAUCCUUUGGUAUGGUGUAUGAGGGCAAUGCCAAGGAUAUCAUCAAGGGUGAGGCAGAGACCCGUGUUGCAGUGAAGACUGUCAAUGAGUCAGCCAGUCUCCGAGAACGGAUCGAGUUCCUCAACGAGGCAUCGGUCAUGAAGGGAUUCACCUGCCAUCAUGUGGUUCGCCUCCUUGGGGUGGUGUCCAAAGGCCAGCCAACACUGGUAGUGAUGGAGUUGAUGGCUCAUGGAGACCUGAAGAGUCACCUCCGUUCCCUGCGCCCGGAUGCUGAAAAUAACCCAGGCCGUCCUCCCCCUACCUUGCAAGAGAUGAUUCAGAUGACAGCAGAAAUUGCUGAUGGCAUGGCAUACUUGAAUGCCAAGAAGUUUGUACACCGGGACCUGGCAGCUCGAAACUGCAUGGUUGCUCAUGAUUUUACCGUCAAAAUUGGAGACUUUGGAAUGACGAGAGACAUCUAUGAGACAGAUUACUAUCGGAAAGGGGGCAAGGGCUUGCUGCCUGUACGGUGGAUGUCACCUGAGUCCUUGAAGGAUGGAGUCUUUACUGCUUCUUCUGAUAUGUGGUCCUUUGGGGUGGUCCUUUGGGAAAUCACUAGCCUGGCUGAGCAACCAUACCAAGGCCUGUCUAACGAACAGGUGUUGAAAUUUGUCAUGGAAGGAGGCUAUCUGGAUCCACCUGAUAAUUGUCCCGAGAGACUCACUGACCUGAUGCGCAUGUGCUGGCAGUUCAACCCCAAGAUGAGGCCAACCUUCCUGGAAAUUGUCAACCUGCUGAAGGAUGACCUCCACCCCAGCUUUCCAGAGGUUUCCUUCUUCUACAGCGAAGAGAACAAGGCUCCUGAGAGUGAGGAGCUGGAGAUGGAGUUCGAGGACAUGGAGAAUGUCCCCUUGGAUCGGUCCUCUCACUGUCACAGGGAAGAACCUGGGGGCCGGGAGGGAGGGUCCACUCUGAGCAUCAAACGGACCUAUGAUGAACACAUCCCAUACACCCACAUGAACGGGGGCAAGAAGAAUGGGCGUGUGCUCACCCUGCCCAGGUCAAACCCUUCCUAACAGCGCCUGCUGGGGAAGAAUUCUUUCUUUCUUUUUAAAAACUCUUCUCUAGUUUGACCGCCUCCAGGAAACUCAGGAUUAUCAGGACUCUACCCAGAUGUGAAACUGAGCUCAGAGAUAGUUCAUACACGUUUCUGUUUGUCUUUUGACCUAAAAAUACACACGUGUGAUUGCCAACCCUGCAAGCCAGUGGAGGGCUAACUGUGAACCUAGAGGGGUUGGGCUUUCCACGGACACGUCCCCCUCUCCCAUCCACGGUUUCAAACCAGGAUUUUGUUGUUGCUGUUGUUUUCCUCGUAGGCUGAAAGAAUGCACCUGUUUUUACAGGCAUUUCUCUUUUCUUGCUAGUGUCUGAGUUACAGUUAGUUGUCAAGGACAGAAUUUAUUUAUGGAACACAAGUAAGAAAGCUAAGGAGAGAGAGAGACAGAAAAAAACAAAAAAACCCAACCCACACCCUGUUCUACAAUUACAUGCUUUGCAGGGUUGGGCUUUGAGAAGAUUUUAUUAAUCUGAGAGAGGGGCUUUAUUUUAGCUUUGUUUUCUUCAUUCACAAAAUCAGUUCCUCAAAUUGACCAAUAGCUGCUGCUUUCAUAUUUUAUUUUGGGAAAGGGUGUGUAGUCCUCUGUGUGUGCUUCUGUUCACACCUGUGUGUGUUUGUGUGCGUGUCGUGUCCAGGCUAGAGAUCACAGGGUGGGGUGGGGACUGUGUGUGUGUGUGUGUAAAACAUUAUCUGGACUGAUGCUUGGGGAAUUUAUUGGCUCAUGAAGCUCCUGCUGCUUGGAGUGGGUGACCUCACCUUGUCCUUCCUUCUUAGGAUCUCUGCGUCUGUGCCAUCUAGAGAUGCUUCUCGGUCAUUUCAGAAGUCUUGCUUAGGUGUCUUCUUUCCCUCCCUUUGGCAAUGUUUUCCAAAAACUGAGGGAGGACCAUUUGGUCUGGAUUCAUCAAGGGUGUUUGGAAGACCAAACAAAGCAAAGGACACACACAUGCAAAUACACACACCGGACAGAAGUAGAAAGAAGUCAGAUAAUAAUUUUGAGAAUAUAUUUGUAACAUAUUUAAUGCUUAAGGAAUCUCUGGCAUGAGCCUAAUAAGUUAUUAUUUCUUUGGGGGCAGAGGAAGUAGUGGGCACAGGAGGGAAUGGCCUCUUGUGUUUGGUCUUUGAAGCAUGUUUUUCGGGGAAUUAUACCACAUUAGCUGCUAGCCCCUUAGGACACUGUGAGGCCUUGUGGAGUAUAUGGGAAACUGGAUUUUUGACUGAUUCUUCUAGCAAGUUGGACUGGAUGUCUCUUGCUUGCAUACACUGGUGGUCCUGGAGCUGAGCUGGCCUUCCAGAACACCUGUGUUCAUCUUUGGGUUUUUCUCUGCUCGUGUACCUCACCUCUUCAAGGCCUACUUGUUGCUCAGUCAUUGUAUAAACACAGCAAACUCAUCCCAAAGACCAACAACACAGGAGGACUUUGAGAACACUAAGCAAUAUAAGGAGAUGCCCCCUUGGGAUAGCUGUUGGUCUCCUCCCCCGGGGGACAUCGGCUGUUCUCCACACUAAACUCCCACAGCUGCUCUUGGUUCCCAGGGACCUCAGCUCGGGCAAGUGUGGUGCCUGAGUCUCUUUCUCAGGUGCUAAUGUUUCAGUCCCUAGAGACUACCGUCUGGAGGAGAAGACAUCAGAGACUUUGUUGCCACCACCAAGAACUCCUGAAAGGAUGUGAACCCACAGCUUCCUCUGUUUGCAUAAAACUACAGCUGCUCAAGUAAAAGAAGCAAACAACCAUGGUGAACUCAUGGGUCGGGGGCUCAGAACCCUCCCACACGUUCUUCCCUGCCUGUGUUUCCCCACGAAUAUCUGAUACCUUUCUUCUCCUCUACGAGAUGUGAGAUAAAGACACAGUGUCCACCCCAAAAUCCUCCUAAUUCUCGGUUGAGAACACAAGUAGACACAGAUUCUGAUUGCCAGUUGCUGUCAAAUUUAUAUUAGAAAAGUGACAGAUGUAAAAAUGUUACCAGGGAACUCGGUGGUUGGUACAAGAAGAAAAAGUCACAGUUAUUUUCACCCAAAUCACUUUGUAACUAGAGGGUUUGUGCAUCAGUGGUAGGUCUGAUAUUUGUUGUUUCUUUUUCCUUUUCACAGUAAAUUUGUAGUGGUCAGAUGCUACACUAGCAAGAAUUUCCACAUUUUUCUAAUUCAAAAGGUUUUCUUAUAUUACUGGGGAAAGUAUUUAUUUUAAUAUAUAAAAUCACUCUUGAAAAUCACUUUUGUAAAAAAAAUGGUGUGCAUGUAAAUUUUUUUUAUCAAGGAAAAAAUAAAAACAGGUGAGUGUG